AUGUCAUCCGAUACUUCUCCAACAAUUAUAAGUCAAUCGGAGACGAGUUCACCAUCAUCGAUGUUAUCAGUUUUACACAUACCGACUGAUCCUCAACGUAUUAAAAAAUCACCAUCUGUAACAUCAAUCACUGAUGGACGUCGUUAUAUCGACGAAAAUAAUGAAACUGAUGCUGUGGCACCAUUAGUUUCGGCGACUGAAUCAGAACAUACAACAACAAACACUGAAACAUUGAUGCAUAUAAUUAAAGGCAAUAUUGGAACCGGGAUUUUGGCACUUCCAUAUGCUUUAUCUAAAGCCGGAAUACUGUUUGGAUCAAUCACCUUUUGGAUAAUGGGUAUUAUGACAUUGUAUUGUAUGCAUCAAUUAUUACGUUGUCAUGAAUAUCAUCGACAAAGAACAGCAAGAGUAAAAUGUGAUUUUGGAGAUGUAAUGCGUUAUACAUUAGAAUGUUGUCGAUCAAAACAUGUUCAACGUUAUUCUAAACUUGGAAAAUUUACAAUUGAUGGUUUUAUUAUCGUGACACAACUGGGAAUUUGUUCAGUUUAUUUUGUUUUUGUGUCUGCGAGUAUCAAACAGGUGGUCGAUUAUUAUUAUAUUUAUAAUAUGCCAAUUCAAAUUUACAUGGUAUUGAUAUUAAUACCAAUUAUGGGAUUUAGUUUUAUAAAAAGUUUAAAAGUUCUUGCACCUUUUUCAUUAAUUGCCAAUAUCAUUCAAUUAGCAGGUCUUGUUAUAAUAAUGCAAUAUGUAGUUCGUACUCAUAUCCCAUUUGAUCAAUUACCGUUAAUAACACCACCAAAAAGUUGGCCAAUUUAUUUUGCUUCUGCUAUGUAUAUGUUCGAAGGAAUUGGACUGGUGUUGCCUAUCCGUCAGAAAAUGAAAGAACCGGAAGCAUAUGGCGGAUGGACGGGUGUUCUUACUACUGGUAUACUUCUUGUUACAAUUUUAUAUUUUUUUGUCGGAUUCUAUGGUUAUAUACGUUAUGGUGAUAACGCACUUGGAUCAAUUACCUUAAAUUUACCUGUCGACAAUGUUUUAUACCAAAUUACAAAACUAAUGUAUGCUUUGGCCAUAUUUCUAUCGUAUAACUUACAAUUUUAUGUUCCAUUUACAUUGUUGUGGCCAAGAGUGUGUCGAAAAGUUUUAUAUAAAUACAGCGAUAAUGUAGUGAAUAAAUUUGAAAUUGGAUUUCGUUUAAUAUUAAUUAUUCUAACCUUUUGUAUCGCAUCUCUUAUUCCGAAUCUUGGUCUUGUUAUAUCAUUGGUUGGUGCAAUUGCUUCUACGGCACUAUCUGUCAUAUUUCCACCGAUACUAGAAACGAUCACGUUUUGGCCCGACGGUUUAGGUCGAGCUAAAUGGAUGUUAAUAUUAAAUAUCUUGAUCGUCACAUUUGGAUUUUAUUCUCUGAAUGUACUAGAAUUUGUGAAAAACGAUUUAAACGAAUUUACGUCAACGGUUAAAACAGAUACAGAAAACUAUGUAUCAAAAGCAACAACUGUUGUCAAAACACAACAAGUUGGCGAUCUUGGUUUAAAAAAAAUUGUCAGUCGUCUGAAUAGUGUUGUACAGAAUACAAAUUCAAAAGAAAAGAUGAAUACGACUGAUUUAUCAUCAAAAUUUGAUCGUGUUCAUAGUGAAUUAAAUAAAAUUCAAAACGAUGAAACGAUCUAUUUAAAUGAUCCUGUACCGCGUGAUCUUUAUAAUCAAUGGAAAUCUAAUUUUAAUGUUGAUUCGAAAAAAGGUGAAAUAUCUCAAUUAUUAAUCGAUAAUUCCAAUGUAAGAUCAAUCUAUAGUAGACUGGUACCAGCUAAAACAACACAUACAGAUUUUUGGACACGCUAUUUUUAUUGUGUUUAUCAAAUAGAAGAAGAUGAAAUAAGACGUUUAAAUAAUUUAAAACGUGCACAAAAAAUGAUUAAUGAAGAAAAUAAGAACGAUGAGGCCGACUGGGAUGAAGAUGAAGAGUGGUUAAAUGCAUCUAUACUUGGAAACAUUUCUGUUGUCAAACCAGAUCUUACAACUGAUCUCAUAACUCAAUCAACGCAAUUAUCAUCAACUACACCAGAGAAACAGACUUCUAAUGCACAAGUAGUUGAACAAUCUAUUAAAGAAGAAAUGAAAGAACAACAACAAGUUGCAUCUCCAAUUGUUCUUAAAGAUGAAAAUACAUUUGAACAACAGACAGAUGUUUCUCCCACUAUAAUACCAAAUACUAGUCAAUCACAGAUUGAUACAGAAAUCAUAAAACAAGAAGAAAAUAAAAUUGAUGAAUGUGUUCCAUUGAAAGUAGCCAAAAACAAGGAUAGUGAUACAAGCGAUUCAUGGGAACAAGAAUUUGAAGAUGAAUUAUUAGCGACUACGAGUGAUGUUGAAUUAGAGAGAAAAUUAAAUGAAGUAUCAAUAAGGAGAAAUCAGUUAGUAACUGAAGCAAGUGAAACACUGCCACAAACAACAACCACAUCGAAAGAAUCAACAGAGCAAAAAGCACACCCAAAAAGCAAAGAAAAUUUUGAUGAAGAAGGCGACGAGUGGGAAAACUGGACAUGA